AUGGCCUUCAAUCACUUCAUCAUCGUCUCCGUCGUCGCCUUCCUCGCUUUGCUCGACGCUUCGGUAUCGCAGAACCUCGGACCCCCGGCGGCCAGUGGGUGCAACGGCAUAUUCUUGUCCUACAACUACACCGGCGGUUUCCCAAUCCCUCCGAACGACACCGCCAACCAGCCAUACCGCUUCCAAUCCACCUUGAAUGUGGUCAAUAACGGCCUCGACGAGCUCAGGUCAUGGCAGGUGUUCGUUGGGUUCCAACAUGGUGAGAUAUUGGUCUCUUCAGACCAAGCUAUCUUAGCCGAUGGCACUUCCUUGCCUGCCAAAGUGGGGAACAAUGGGACCUUUCUGGCCGGCUUUCCGAAGACCGACCUGAAGACGGCAGUCGAGACGGCGGGCGACCCGACCCAGACAACAGUUCAGGUGCAGUUGGUAGGUACUGAGUUUGGUGUCGGGGCUCCGGGAGUUCCUCUGCCAGCGAGCCUCUAUCUCGCUAACGAUGGAUAUUCGUGUCCCAAUUAUACUAUGGAAGGUAACACUACUAUGAACCUGUGCUGCACCAGAAAUCCAUCAUCGACCUCCAACUCGACGCUUGGCGAUGGCUUCCUGCCGCGCCAGGAAGGUGACCUCAUCAUAAUGUACGACGUGAUCAAGUCCUUCAGCACCGAUUACUGGGCGCAGGUCACGAUUUCUAACCACAAUCCUCUCGGCCGUCUCAACAAUUGGCAAUUGAGCUGGGAUUGGGCGAGGGACGAGUUCAUCUUCGCCAUGAGAGGAGCUUAUCCAACUUUGGUCGAUACAACGGAUUGUCUCUUCGGUAGGCAGGGCCAGCACUACCAGGACCUCGACUUCUCGUCAGCAUUGAACUGCGAAAGGCGGCCCACGAUCAUGGACCUGCCACCUUCUCGAGCGAAUGACACCAAUCUCGGGUCGGUUCCGUUCUGCUGUCGAAACGGCACGAUCCUAUCUGCAUUGACAGACCCAGACAAGUCCAAAUCCACGUUCCUAAUGCACGUGUACAAGAUGCCGCCGGACCUGAACAGGACGGCAUUGGCUCCACCUGUGAACUGGCAAAUCAAUGGCACGAUGAGCUCAAACUACCAAUGUGGGCAGCCGAUCCCCGUCAGCCCUAGUGAUUUCCCAGACCCCACUGGGCUGCCCUCCGAGACUAUGGCGAUCUCGAGCUGGCAAGUGGUGUGCAACCUCACCAGGCCUAGAGAGAAUCCUAAGUGUUGUGUGUCCUUCUCUGCUUUUUACAAUGAUUCAGUGGUUCCUUGCAACACUUGUGCUUGUGGAUGCAACAAUGUCCCUAGCAACACUUGCAGAGCCACGGCACCGGCGCUCCUCCUGCGGCCUGAGACGCUCCUCAUCCCAUUUGAGAACCGGACCAAGGAAGCCCUGGCGUGGAGCAAGGUGAACCGGUGGCCGGUGCCCGACCCUUUGCCAUGUGGGGACAAUUGCGGGGUCAGCAUCAACUGGCACUUGCUCUCGGAUUACCGGAACGGGUGGACGGCAAGGAUCAGCGUCUUCAACUGGGGUGAUGAGGGCUUUGCCGACUGGUCCGUGGCUGCGGAGCUUGACAGGUCGGGGGCCGGGUUCCAAGAGGCCUACUCAUUCAACGGGACCCUUUUGGGUGACUACAACAAUACCAUACUUUUAAAAGGCCUCCAAGAUUUCAAUUAUCUCCUUGCAGAGAAGAACGGGUCGAACCCGAGGAAGGAUCCACCGGUCCCUGGCUCGCAGCAGUCGGUGAUCCUGUUCUCGAAGAAGGAGACGCCCGGCGUGAAUCUGGUCGCGGGAGAUGGAUUCCCAACAAAGGUGUUGUUCAACGGGGAGGAAUGUGCGAUCCCAAGAAUACUUCCCUCCAGUGGUCACAAGAUGAGUGCGAGUGCAAGUGAAACUGCCGUUGUUUUUAGCCUGGUGACCUUGCUAGUUCUCUUGUUCUGGCAUUGAUCACACCCUUUUGAUUCCGCUUGUAUUUUUCCUCUUCGAUGAGAGAUGUCCAUGUGGUUUCUUUUCCGUAAUUGAAUU